CAACGACUUACAGAAAAUGGAAAAAAAGAAUCUGUUAGAGGUGAUAGAGACUGAUAAUGAGGAUGAAACAUGUCGGACAUUUGUAUUACAUGGUGAAGACCACACACUGGGUAACUCCCUUCGCUACAUCAUCAUGAAAAACCCAGAUGUCCAGUUCUGUGGUUACAGUAUACCUCACCCAUCAGAAAACAAGAUCAACUUUCGCAUCCAGACUAAUGGUGCGAUUGCUACAGAAAUCCUGAAGAAAGGCCUGACAGAUCUGUACCAUGCCUGUGACCAUGUACUGAAGACAUUUGAGGUUGGUAUCGAAAACUUCAAAAAGAGAAGAUUCCCUCCAGAUUAUGAGAUGGCAUCUGCUGACACCUGACUUUUGUGUAGUGUAUAGGUCCGGAAUAAUGACAAAAUCUUUAUUGCAAAGACAAUAUCUUUAUGGUGAAGCAACACUAUAUUUACCAACACUGUGGAAUACUACUGUCAGUCUGUACAAGUAUAAAAACAUUCACAGAUCACAGAAAUAACUGUGGACAGAUGAGACAAGUAUAAAAACAUUCACAGAUCACAGAAAUAACUGUGGACAGAUGAGACAAGUAUAAAAAUAACUGUGGACAGAUGAGACAAGUAUAAAAAUAACUGUGGACAGAUGAGACAAGUAUAAAAAUAACUGUGGACAGAUGAGACAUGUAUAAAAAUAACUGUGGACAGAUGAGACAAGUAUAAAAACAUUCAGAGAUCACACAAAUAACUGUGGACAGAUGAGACAAGUAUAAAAAUAACUGUGGAUAGAUGAGACAUGUAUAAAAACAUUAACAGAUCACAGAAGUAACUGUGGACAAUGUUUUAUAUCUGUAGUAGAACUCUUGACAUAGUUCAGUAAUAGGAUGAUCUUUUAAUAAAAUCAACAGUAAGUUAAGAAUUCUGUUACAACAACCCAGCUGACAUUGUCUUACAGUAGGCCUGUAUUAGGAGAUCAACACUACAGACAGUUUUCUGUGACCAUUGGAGAUGUUAGGAACUUCAGCUUUAGAAAUUAUACACUUCAGACCUGUUAGACAUGAAGUGAAAUAUGAUAAACAUGUACAAUGAUGUGGUCAAAGAUAAAUACUGUAAAAACAUGUUGUUGAUGUGUGAUCUACCUUAAAUGUUAAUAAACAUAUGUUAUAUCAGA